AUGGCUACGGAAAAUAAUCAAUCACAUGAUAGCAAUCCGAUUGAGAAUGAAAAAGAUGAAGAAUUGAUUCAAAUUCGUGAAAUUGAAACUGAAAAUACUUCAAAUGAUCCAACUAAUUGGCCGAUAACGAAAAAACAAUUCAUAGUAUUCAUUAUCUCAGUGGCAGCAAUAAUCGACUCUAUUUCUAGCACAAUUUUUUUUCCCGCACUUAUCGAAAUUAGCGUUGAUUUGAAUACUUCUCAAGUUCUCGCCAAUGCUAUAAUUGCAAGCAUAGUAUGUGCUAUAUCGAAUAAUAUUUGGCAAUUAUUAGUUAUGCGUUCGUUUCAGGCUCUUGGUGGAUCUGCAGUCCUAAGUGUUGGUGCAGGAACUAUAAGUGAUAUAUUCAUUCCUACAGAACGUGGACGUGCUUUUGGAUGGUUCUACUUGGGACCUUUAAUAGGUCCUCUUAUUGGCCCAGUCAUAGGCGGCUAUAUAACUCAAUACCUUGGAUGGAAAUUUAUUUUUUGGUUUCUAACAAUAUAUGGAGGAGUCAUUUUAGUCCUCAUGUACUUUGCACUUCCUGAAACUUUUCAUCGCACCCAUUUGUCACUUACCACAACAUCACCUCCUAAAAAACGGUUUAAUCCAUUCUUACCGCUUACUUUACUUCGUUAUCCAAAUUUAUCUUUAGUAGUACUUUACGUAAGUAUAGUUUUUUCAGUGAUGUUUGCCCAAAAUACCCUUAUUCCAACAACUUUUUCAGCAAAGUAUAAUAUGUCUCCAUCAAAUAUCGGACUUGUAUUUCUUUCUCCUGGUAUUGGAUUCAUUUUGGGAAGUAUAAUAUCUGGAAGUUAUUCUGAUUUCAUAUUGAAUAGAAGUAGAAAAAAAUACGGUAGUAUUGAUCCGGAAAUAAGAAUUAAAGGUGGUUGGCUUGGAUCAACGUUAGUCCCAAUUACACUUUUAGCUUAUGGAUGGUUUAUUGUGAAGAAUGUUCAUAUUGCUUUACCUAUAUUAUCUAUGUUUUUUUUCGGAUUUGGUUUAAUGAUAACAUUUAGUAGUGUGUCAACAUAUUUAGUCGACGCUUUUCCUGGUCGAAGCGCUUCAGCUAUAGCAGUGAACAAUUGUUUCAGAUUUAUAUCAGCCUCAAUAAUGUCUUUCGCUUCGGAACCAUUUGAAAAUGCUUUAGGCACCGGUUUAUUGUAUACUCUUUUGACAGUGUUUAUUAUAUUGGGCACUUCCUGCAUGGUUACUGUAUAUUUAAAAGGAAAAAAGUGGAGAGAACGGUUUCAAAAUUAA